GCCGCGAUGAAGGCAAAGAACGUGAACUUGCUGUUCGCCUUCGUUGCGAUCCUGCUCUCUUUCUUCUCCUAUUUCUGUAUCUCCAAGAUGAACCAAACCAGCAAUCAACUAAUUAAUUGCAGAAACCACGUUUCAGAGUUUAAGAAAAAUAUGCUACGUUUAAAAAAUGAAAGCCAAAAUCUUGUGCAAGUCUUGAACCAGAUGAAGUAUGAAAUUGCCCAGAUAGCAAACGCAUCAGGAGACUUCCUUGAAAGGAAAGUGAGCAGACUGAGUGAGAGUGAAAUACGUCCCAACGGAUUUGAAGGCUUGAAGUUCUUCCUCCCUCAUCUGAGGGCAGUGGAGAGAAUUUACCCGGAUGUAGCCACUAGCAGAGGAAAAGUAGGCGUGUCUUUUGCACUGGGAAUCACCACCGUUGACAGAAGGAACCACACCUACCUGAAGCAAACCCUGACCUCUGUCCUGUCCAGGAUGACCCCUGAAGAAGAGAAGGACUCCGUGGUGAUUAUCUCUGUCGCCGAUACUGGUGAUUAUUUGAACUAUGUCGUCGACAUGGUUAAAACAAAAUUCAAAAGACAAGUGCAAUCUGGGUCCUUGGAAGUCAUUUCAAUACCCACCUUUUUUUAUCCGAGUGGAUUACUGGGCAAGAAAACAAUGGAGGACUCAAAAAGUUGGCAAAUGAAACAAGCGUUGGAUUUUUGUGUUUUGAUGCUGUAUGCCCGACCCAAGGCCACGUAUUACUUACAGCUAGAAGAUGAUAUCAUAGCAAGAAAGACGUAUUUUACAAAAAUGAAAGAUUUUGUAAAUAGUCUCACUUCGGAAAAUUGGUUUUAUAUUGAAUUUUCCGUACUUGGAUUUAUAGGAAAACUCUUUCAUUCAAAGGACCUGCUUGACUUUGUCCAUUUUUUCUUGAUGUUCUACAAAGUGAAGCCCAUAGACAUGCUUUUAGAUGACAUCUUCCUGGUGAAAAUGUGCCACUGGGGAGAGCAUAUUAGGAGCUGCAUGCAGCGCAGGAAGGAAGUUCGAGUCCAGUACAGACCGUCUCUGUUCCAGCACGUGGGCAUUCACUCGUCAUUUCCUGGACGAAAACAGCACCUCAAGGGUCGCCGGCGGGCCGCUGAGUCCUUAGCGGCGGUUGAGCAGGAGGCUCGCACACGGGAGCAUCCACAGCAUCCUCCGGAGCUGCCGCUCGCGCAUGCGCAGUUAGCAGUCGCUGCUGGGCGGCUGCCGCCUGGAUCGGUCUGGGGAGACGCCGGGGACUGA